AUGGAUAAGUUCUAUGAGGCAUUUGGUAUAAAAAUUCCAUGGAGAAAAUUUGGGAUAAAGUACAAUUCUUGCAAGAAGCAGUAUGAGUCUUUUAAGAAGUUGACUCGGAACAGCACGGGGCUUGGUUUUGAUUCAACCGGAUUCAUCAACAUGAGUGAGGACUGGUGGAAUGAGCGAUGUAAGGAGUGGCCAGGUGCUAGAAAAUUUAAAGACAAGCCGAUAGCAAAUAUGGAUUUGAUGGAGAAGGUAUUUGGGACAGUUUAUAUUAGUGGAGGUGAAGGUUGGUCUGCUCAGCAAGGUGAAGAUGUUUUAGACACAGAGCACUCAGAUCAUGAUGAUGAGAUUGAUGGUGAAGAUGAUGCUGAGUCAAGGCGUGAUAUUCCUACUGAAGAAGCUGUUGGAGCUGAAUCAAGAAAUUUUGGAUCAAAGAAUGUUGGCCCCUCUUCUUCUAGGUCAAAGGUUAAUAGGAAAAAAUCAAGGAUUGUAAAAGCAGGACAAGCUGUGGCUGAUGUGAUUUGGAAGAGUGUUGAGUCUCGAGACAAGAUUCUUUCCCACAAGAAUCAUCUAAUAGAGAAUCAUCCUGAGUUUAGUUGUAGUCAACUUCGAGCCAUUGAGGUUCUUCACUCCUUGUCUGCUGUAAGGAUGUGGUCUCCUCUCUACAAAGCUUCAAUUAACCACCUCAAAGAAGAUGUUGCGAAUCGUCAGACUUUCUUGUUUUAUGGAGAUGAUGAGAACAUGGUUCUUUAUUUGGAUUUUGCAACUGGUGAAAGCAGAGAUCAUUGA